AAAACUUAUUAAAUAAUGACUGUUAAGGAUAAAACUCAAGAGUGCAGACAUGUCUCGCAAAAGAAUUGGCAAAUAAUUUCGACGGCAGUAAGUAAUGGGUCUGACAUUGAAUCCGUGCUAUUAAUCGAUGGCUUUAAUACUAAGCCUCUGUACAUUCCGUCUCAUAAUUUCCGAUUGGAUUAUCCUUAUAAUGAGAUCAAUCUGUUGCCUCCAUUCUUCUACGACGAGAAAGAAUUUCUUCAAUGGUUUGUCAAACAGAUCCAACCGAAAACAUUUUAUCUACGAAUCCAUGUCUGCAAUGCCGUCGAACUGCUCACUAAAGUAGUGUUAAAAUUCAGAAGUCUUAGUCAAAUCAGUUGUCAUUGGUUUAUAUUAACCAAAGAGUUCAUCGAAAUAUUGGUUAAGAACUGUCGAAAUAUAGAAGUCGUAAACUUUGAGAAUUCAAUUGGUAUUAACUAUAGUUCUUGUCUUUUAUUGAGUCAAAUGACAAAACUAAAGCAUUUGAAUCUUUCCGGAUGUGAUAUCUAUGAAAACAGUAUCGAAAUGAUACUUAAAAAUUGCAAACAAUUAAUAUCAUUGAAUAUUAGCAACAAUUGUGAGUUAACCGGUAGAUGUCUUGUUUGGAUUAACAGAUCCAUUGAAAGACUUGAUCUUAGAGAUUGUUGGAGAUUAGAUCCGCACGAAUUGAUUGCAAUGUCUCGCAUGAGAUUAGACUCUUUGGUUGAAUUACUGGCCAAUAGUGGUAUAAAUGACGAGUCGAUGACUGAAAUAUGUGUCAACUGUCCUAAUAUAAGACAUUUAAAUAUAAGUUUUGAUUACAUUGAAUAUGACGACGACUGCGGUCGUAGAGUAUUAUCUGACUUUGGAUUCAAAGAAAUUGCAAAACUAAAAGAUCUACAAAUCCUUAUCUUAAGACACGUCGGAAAGUUGACUGACAUAUCAUUGCAUAAUAUUCUUAUGGGUUGUAAUAAUCUGACAAAUUUGAUACUCAAUCUCAGACACAGACAUCGACUUACAGAUAAUGCUGUCACAGAUAUAGCAGAGUUGUGUCCAAAUCUAAUAUACUUUGAGUCCGUUCACAACCACUUCAUUAAAGAGAAAUCAUUACUUAGUUUAUCACAAAUGAAAAACUUAGCGAAACUUGUUUUACGCGGCAAUGAAUUAGUUGACAAUCAGGUGACAAAUGUGAUCAAUGAUUGUAAUAAUUUGGUUGAUAUUAAUCUCGAUGGUUGUAAUGUCACUCAAUUGGUUCUCAUGGCUUGUAUUAACAGAUCAAAACAAUUGCAGACAAGUGACCAAACAUUGAAUAUAUCACUGAUUCGGACCAAAAUUGAUAGGAAAGUCCUCAAUGAAUGCCAAUUACCACACAAUCUAAGAGUUAGAGUCAGCGGACCAAACAAUUUGGAGCAUUACUCACAAUUUGAUGGCAAAUCUGUGACAACUCAAAGACUCAAACUAAUUGUUCCCUACUUUUGGUUAGACUAUACAUAA